UGAUCACCAGACCGCUCACAUACCGCAGUUGACAUAUGUACAGACCGACAGUUCUCCCUUUGGAAGCAAUUUAUAACCGAGGCACCAAAACAGCCUGAGAAACAAUGAGCUUGACCGAACUGGUCAUCUGCGGUGCAGUCAUACUGUUAUACACUCCGAUCACAGUCGAAAAAUCUUGUCCACUGAUCGACCCACCAAUCGACUUAGGAUCGGGUGCAUUGGAUCAACUUAUCGAUGUACUACUUCAAAAUUUGCUCACUAAUAAGUCAGUCAUUCGUAUGAAUCAACCGGUGGAGUUGUCCGACGGGAUUGAAAUGGAACGUCUCAGAGUGCAUAACUUACAAUCGAUCCAUCGGACUUGUGCUGUACACCUAACCACACAAGAUACUCCAGGAUGUUAUCAGCGAGGUUUUCUGUUGGACGCGUGCUUUGGAUUCGAUGAGCUCUUGGUGAAUGCUUCCUUGACAACGUGGAUUCCGGGCUUGCGCAAAGGAGAUUACCGCAUUAGCCUGACAUCAAUGUCUGUUCGAAUGCUGAUUGAACUGUUUCCACAAAUGCUGACGGGGAAUGGACUGCCGCUGAAUUCGUGGUUGCCAAUUUACCAUCCGGUUGCACGUAUCGCCCAACUAGAAACGGUACAAUGGGCUAAAAUUUCGGUGACCUCACUUACCGGUGGAGUGAGUCGGCGUCUAAUAAUGUGGUUCAUAAGUAGUCUGCUCAACAUGGCCAAGCGAUCGAUUUUCGACAGACUGGAUUGGCUAAUCAAACGCGCAAUUAACGAAGAACUCCGGACAUUUCGGCUACAUCCGUUUUUCGUCCCCACAAUCGUAAGUCACAAUGACCAACCGCUAGUACGUGCCGAAGGUAAAACUGCAAACGUUCACCUGUACGAACCGAAGGAGAUCUUCGCCUUGCCCAUAGUGUGAAAAGGUCCCGACGUUAUACCAACGGUCCUACUGGAUUGCGGGAACCAGUGUCAAACUGAAGCAAUGUACCAUGCGGUCUUACACUCCUACCAUGUAUACGUGUUGUAAAUAAACGAAG